CGUCGUUUGGCAGACGUUUAGUAAGCAAAUUUGCUACUUCCCGUGUGCUUUAGACUUAAAGGACGAAACCAACCACUUGGCACCAAAAAAACUUCUCUUUCUUCGCUCUUCAAUUGUGAUCAUCAUUCUCUGCAUCGCGUUGAGUUGGUGGUGAUUGAAGAAAGAGUAAUGGUUAUGAACUUCACCUAGAUACUCUUUAUCAUCUCGGCCGAGUAUUGGGUAAACGUCGUCGUCUCUGUUUCUGGAUUCAAGAACUGUAACAUAAUCUAUUCUCAAGUCGCGGGAUUUGAUUCAAUGGCUUCUUCAGAAGUAUCUACUUGUGCCAAGAAUAUUCCAAAACCUCCUCCUCUUCCUCGUGUAACCUACCAAGCUUCCAGAAGCAAACCCUCGAGCUCAUCAUCACGCCUUGUGCCCCAAGAAACAAUAGAAACUUGGGAUAAGCUUUUCAAAGAAGGCACUGGAGCAGAUACAUACGUUGAAGUCGAUAACAAAUCUCAUUUUCUAGCCCAUUCAUACAUACUGGCUGCAGCUUCACCUGUAAUGCCACAGCUUCUACAUCAGUCAAGGGACAAAAAAGGAAAUUCACACCUCAAGUUCCUCGGAGUGCCUCAAGAAGCUGUCUACAUGUUCAUUCGGUUUCUCUACUCUUGCAGCUACGAGGAGGAAGACAUGAAGAAGUACGUGCUCCCUUUGUUGGUUCUCUCACACUGCUACUCGGUCCCAUCUCUCAAAAGAGUCUGCGUAGAGGUUCUCGGUCAAGGAUGGAUCAACAAGGAGAAUGUCAUCGACGUGCUCCAGCUAGCUCGAACCUGCGACGCCGCGAGGAUCAGCUUUCUAUGCGUUUCAAUGGUCAUCAGAGACUUUAAGUCUGUAUCUUCAACGGAAGGAUGGAAGGUGAUGACGCGAGGUGAUCGUAAGCUAGAGCAAGAGCUUCUUGAGGCGGUGGUGGAGGCAGACGCUAGGAAGAAAGAGAGGAGGAAGAAGGUGGAGGAGAGGAGAAUGUAUUUGGAGCUUUAUGAAGCUGUGGAGGCUCUUGUUCAUAUAUAUAGAGAAGGUUGUGGGACGAUAGGGCCUCGAGGUAAAGCGCUUAAGGGAAGCAAAGCUGUGUGUGAGUUCUCGGCUUGUAAAGGUGUUGAAGGUGGGCUUAGACAUUUCUUGGGAUGCAAGUCUGCUAGGGCUUCGUGUGGUCAUUGUAAAAGGAUGUGGCAGCUUAUUCAGCUUCACUCUUGUCUCUGUGGUAGUUCUGAUUCUUGCGAGGUCCCUCUCUGCCGGAACUUCAAGGAGAAGAUGAAGAAGAUUAGCAAGAGAGAAGAGUCUAAAUGGAGGUUGCUUGCGGAAAACGUUACUACAGCUGCUAAAAGAAGUCUUGGUCCAUUCUAUUCUUCACGCCGUUCUGCUUUGAUAUAAGAUAGGUUUUAGAGUCAUUGAAGUGUAAAUAUAUACAAGGGAUAGGGAUAAAGACUAUGUGUCAUGAACAAGGCCCACCAUAGUGGUUUUGGAACAAAUGUUGUCUUCACCAUGUUGUUGGUUACUUUGUUAUAUACAUGCUGAGUCUUGAUCUUUGACAGUGUUGUAAAGAAGUUUUCUCAUCAUCAUACAAUUCUUUUUUUUUUGUA